AUGAUUAUGACCAUUUCGUCUCGUGCAGCAUAUGCUUAUAUCUCAAAUGGACUGCAUAGCGUUGCAAUUGCGCAGGUUGUACUAUUCUCCAUUAUCCUCGCAGUCCAAUUUCCCAUGAGGUAUAUGCAAGAAUGGCGCUACUGGCACCACAGCAAGAGGCAAAGUCACGCACGUUGUGCCCUCUAUUCUUGGUGGAGCAUGAUUGGCUUGCUAUGCAUGAUCCGCAUUAUUGGCUCUGCUAUGGUUAUAGCUACUUCAGAGCCAACCGAGUCCAUGCUCACAGCAGAAUUGUCCUUGCAAAGUGUGGGACUGUCACCCCUUUUCUUUGAAGUCAGUUUGCUUCUUCUGCGAUGUGGACAGGCUGGCCAAGAUGGUCCCGGUGAUUCGAAAUAUCCGAAGGCCUUGCGUAUCACAUUGCAUGCUUUCCGGCUGCCAAUUAUUAUCUCAAUCGUUCUCGGUGUUGUUGGCAAGAUCAUUGACAUGAAGGCGCUUGGAGAAGCAGGAUCUAUUCUUCUGAUAGUGACUUUCGCUGUUGUGUGUGGCAUCGUGUCGUGGCUUGUGGUGAAGUCUCGCUCCAUGCUCUCAGUAGAGGGCCACCGGGCCGUCCUGCUGGUAGCGCUUGCUCUACCAUUUCUCUUGAUCAGAGUCAUCUAUUUCAUUCUGCAAGAAAUUGGGCCAGCUAAAUUCAGCCUUGCAUCGGGUGACGUGGGUAUCCUGGCGGGGAUGGGUCUGGUCAUGGAGGUUAUUAUUGUUUCUUUGCUCGUAACAGCUCGCGCCGUUGCAGAGCCAAUCUGGUCCACCGAGAAAAAUAUUUCUGAUGGUAUGGAACGGGCUUGA